CAGACAAUGACUCACGUUCCACACCCGACACAGAGGCCCAGCAAAAGCCUCUGAUCUCCACUGUUCUCGUCACAAAUUGCCGGAUCAAGCAUAAACAGGUGACAAGUCGGUGAAAUUUGCAUUAUAUAAGGAACGGUCCACCACUUACUCAACGUCUGUACACAGUGAGAGCACAUUCAAAACAGUACUAAAGGGACUCAACAAACAAUGACUUCCUCCAAGCGACCCAACUCGGAUAGUAUCAUUGGGUACGUUCAUAAUCUCUCGCCCGUCAAAAGAAACAGAACCAACACGAUGAAUUACGCCAYGUUAACUUUGCAAACUUCAAAAACAGAAUCACGUGAAGCUCUUCUCUAUUCGCCACAAAAGCGACCGCUUUUCGCCGAGAAAAACGAAAGCAGGACGCCCAUAAAAUUACAGCAGUUCACAUAUACCACCGAUAGAAAGAUCAUCGUAAACGACAUGACCUGUAUCUCAACGCCAAGCCAGUCAGAGUACGAUUUUCAGUAUGCAGAGUUAUUACCGGACAUUCACCAACAUGCCAAUCUACUCGAUGUUUUGAACAACCACAAAGAGUGGGACAAAAUCGCUGUGCGGGCAAAGCUCGUACACCUGAAGGACGAAACACUCGUGGGGAAGAAACAGCUAAGGUUACGUCAAGCAAUAUUGAAGGAUACCACCGGAGAAAUGCCUCUUGACAUCUGGGAAGAACACAUAGAGAAAUUCACAUUAGGAUGUGUUUACAGUAUCCAUCCUGUAACCGUUCGUGUUUGGAACAACACGAAGAAACUUGCCACACUAACAAACACCUCAAUCGAACGAGUACAGGACUUUGAAGAACUUCAAAGAAUUCCUCUUAGCGAUAAAGACGAUGAAGCGGAAGAACUGUAUACAGCGACGAUUAAAGAAAUUUCAACAAUCCAACACAUCGACAGAUUCUUAAAGUGCGUCAAAUGCUCAAAGAAAAUUCGACAAGCCAGCACAACGAAAAUUGUUCAGUGUGAACGUUGUGGCAUCAUGAAGAAAGACACGACAAUUCCUGCACUAAAUGUCAAAGUUGAAGCAACAAUCGAUGAUGACACCGUAUGUCUUAAAUUUGGCGAUGAAGUUUUGACAUCCCUUCUUAAUACGGAUAUCCUGGACAUGGAACAAGACAACAUCGCAGAAACAAUUUUAUUCUUGGAGAACAUUGAAAUCCAAUAUGACUCAACUACUCGCGUUGUCCUUAAAGCACAACAAAUGUAAAAUGUUUUUAUACGCAAUUGACUGAAUUGCUCAAUCAAGUCACAAAAAAGACGACUUUUUUCCAUAAUAUUUUACUCGCUCGAAUUACUAUAUUGUUACAGUUAGCCAUUAAUGAAUUUUUACUUAGUAAUUGCCAAAUCAUUGACAUUGUAAAAAGUCUUCAGAGAUUUAAUAUUAAACUUUUUAUACGUGAGAUCAUUCCUGUCUAAUGCUCCAAUGAUAGCAGGGUACGUGUAAUUAAUGCGCAGUUUGAUAGUAAUAUGUUAACACGUGCAUAGUGCGGAACACCGUAUGUGACGUCAUACAUCACGUGAUCACGACGCCUUUGUGCAACAUAGGAAACCCAGAGGUCAGCUGAUAGCACAUGAAGGCCACUAACACGUGGUCAAUCAUAUCACCCACAAUCGCCAUUAAAUAUCAGAUGAUCUUGUACAAAUGCAAGUUUGACUCCGAAGUUACAACAAGUUAACUGGGCACGAUAAAAUCCACGAAGUGGUUCUCGUUGUUCAUUAAAAAUGGUUCACAAGCGGCAACGGUGAGAAAAUUAAGAAUCAAUCAAGUCCGACAAAUAUGCCUGUGUGCCAUAGAACUAUGAAUAUAUAUAAUAAAAUGUGCAAUAAGUACUCGACGCAACCUGCCCUGACGACGGAGUGGUCCUCGGGCAAGAACAUAGCACAGGGAUUCCAAAAUAAACUCCUGGCUGCGUGUUUUUAUUGCUUCAAAUCUUUAUAGCAGUGAUUCGUGUAUCUUUUAAUAUAUUAACAGUAAAACAAAUUAAACUUGACUGUAUUAUACCCUAAUAGAUUGAUAUCAAUACUAUCAACGACUAUACUGAGUAAAACAAAAAUAAAUUAUUUUCUCAAAGC